AGUACACCUUUCACGACGACGUCCACAAGCAAAGCUUUUUUUUUUUCAUCCCUUCUUUGCACCUGUGAGUCAAUCCAAACGCCAUCAUUCGAGUGUCCACGUUGAGUUGGUCACUGAAAGCGUUUUCCUCUUGUUUUGUCCCCCUUGCACUGUUAAUACGUGACCUCGCUUCCAGCCUCAGCUACCCCAUCGGCGAGACACCGCGAACGCGACAAUGAUUGAAGACGAGUGGCGUUUUUGGGUGAUGGGAGGAAUGCUUGAGCCAAACGGACUCGAACCGGGGUGUUGGCAAGUCGUUGACUGGGACCAAAGGCGAACGAUCUCAGUCACCUUCGAGUGCGACGUAGAAGACGAGGACCUGGCUAUCGAAUAUCUGAAGCGGCACAUCGACGACCUUGGAACUGAUGUCUGCUCGAUUGAAGUAUCCAAGGGCAGCGGCGAGCUUGUGUCUGUCUCUUCUGAUCCUAAUGACGACCAGACACUUUUCCCUUACUACCCACCCCUGCAGGACUCACAACUAAUAGACAGCGUGGAAACCAUCAUGCGCUCAGAGCUACGUGAGCUAGACCGUCUUGGCCCCAAUGUCGACCUGGUGUCAUAUCAGAACCGGAAAGUGGUGUUCAAAUACUAUAUCAUCCUACAACAUCUGCAUCAGCGCUGGAAUGAGCUGAACAUAUUUAUGCGUCUUUCAGGACACCCAAACAUUGUCCCUUUUGACAAGGUAGUGAUCGAGAAGCUUGAGGGCUCACAAGCUCGCAUAGUGGGCUUCACCAGCCUGUACAUCGCUGGCGGCACCCUUGAUGCGAUCUACGAGAACCCACAGGACUCGCGCAUAUUCAAACUCAAAUGGCUCUUACAACUGAUGAGCUUCGUUGACGACCUCAACUACAAGUAUGGUAUUCAACACCAAGACAUCGCCCCAAGAAACCUCCUCGUGGAUGAAGCUACAGAUAACAUCAUGCUGUUCGACUUCAAUUUCUCAGCUCGAAUCGGGGACACAGAGUUUGGCAAGGGAGCAAGCUUUUACGAGGAGCGUGACGAUGUAAAAGGCGUGAUCUUUACGCUUUAUGAGAUCAUCACUCGCGAUGAGAGCUUUCGCAUCGUGCCACAUCGGGACCAGCAUCCCUCUAGCGUGUUGGAUAUGACGGAUUGGAUGAAACAUCCAGACGUCCGACUUGAUGAGCCUGUGGCUAAUUACAGGGCUGAACUUGAUACGUGGAUUUCAAGAAGAAAAGAGAGGGGCAGUCUCAAAUCUUACACCAAUGCUCCGGCAUAUAUCGACUGGAGGGAUGUACCGGAGCCAACACGCAGAUUGCCCUAUUCAUGCAAUACGGCGGAAACCUAUCCAUGCUGGCAGAUAACGAGGCCAAGUGCACAUCUCGAGAAUUUCGAGGUGAUUGAAUGGCAGCGGCCUGCACAGAAGUUGAUUAAAGAAGGGAUGUGGGUGUUUGCAGACGGCAGGGUAGUAGACAUGUCCAACCAGGCGUAGGAGCCAUCAAAAUGGUAUGAGCUAAUCGAAGUCCUUAAUGAUCUUA